AUGGAGUCCGUCAAGGCGCAGCACUCCGUUGGCGCACUGGACUUGGAGGCCAUGAAGUCCGUCGAUGCGCUCGUCUCCGUCAACGCGCUGGACUCUGAUGUGGCCAUGGAGUCCGUCGAUGUUGUGCCGGACUCCGUCGAUGUCGUCGUGCCGGACUCCGUCGAGCUCGUGCCAGACUCCGUCGACAUCGUGCCAGACUCCGUCGAGGACGUCCCAGACGACGACGAGGUCGUGCACUGUCCUCGCUGCGGCACGUUGCACGCUGGCGAUUGCGAGUUCUACAUUUCCUGA